AUGUACUUCCCAUUAGACUUAGGUAUUCGUUGGUUUCCUAACGUUCGAGCAGACGGUGCGCUGAUUACAAUCACACCUAGUCUUAUUCGAUUUAGUACAACUACACUAAGCGCUAUCAGUGCUUCUGCUGCAGGACUGUAUGCUUUAUUUUGGCAAUGGGAUCCAUGUUGUAAAUAUCAGGUCGCAUCAUCAAUUGCAUCUCUUCCUGUUGGAGCAACUUCAUUUGUAACCACUAGUAAUCACGUUUUGAUGAACUCACACCCGGGUGAUAAUUCACCAACAAAUGGAAUAAGCAAUGGUGAUAGCCCUAAUGGUUCCUCGGAAAUAAGUCAAAGUAGUAACGGAAAGCGUACCCGUGCAGUCAUAGCAGAAAAUCAUUCAAAUUCAAGUGGUCCUCCUCUACGCCCUGUAGUUUUAGUACACCGGGAUGAUGGAGCAAGAAAAGUUCUACAUAAUGCUGUCUCUCUUACUUCUACGUUAGUUGCUUGCUAUAUCCUUUUCAGGUGGUCUCGGAGUCCAGAUAUUGUUAGUGAUUCAUAA